GAGGAGAAAACCCAGGGGAAGGGGGAAUAUAGGAGGCAGUGGCUUGGGGUGGGGCGGGCAGGAACUAGAUUCUAUCGGCUGUCCACAAUAUCACUGAAAUACAGCAUAAUUGUUGGUGCAGAAUAUGAAGAUCUGGAGAGUUCUGGGUUCAAAUCCUCACUCUUCCUCUGGAUGGUUGGGUGAGCCUGGGCAAGUAACUCUGCCUGUCUUUAAGCCUCAGCCUUCUCAUCUGUAGAAUGGCAAUAUUGUCUUUGAAAAAGAGGAAGCUUGGAAAUCCUAUCAUCUGCGACAACAGGAUGAGCCUAGGGGACAUGAUGCCCUGUGAAGUAAGCCAGGCACGAAGGACAAAUGCUGCGUGAUUCCACUUAUAAGAAGUGUAUAAAAUAGUCCCACUCAUAGAAACAGAGAAUAGAAUGGUUAUUGCCAGGAGCAGGGGAGGUGGGGAUACGGGGAGCUGCUGUUCAAUGGGUAUAAAGUUUCAGUCAUGUAAGAUUUGUAAGUUCUAGAAACCUGCUGUAGAGCAUAGUGCCCUGUGCUUAACAAUACUGUACUGUACACUUAAAAAUUUAUUAAAAGGGUAGAUCUCAUGUUAAGUGUCCUUACCACAAUAAAAAAAGAAGAGAAAGUGAGCGCUUAUUAUGUAUCGUUUUGGAAAGUCCUGCAGGAUCUUUUGUUAAGGGAGCAAGGUUCAAAAUAAAUGGUAAGUAGGCUCGGCUAUCCUCUGUGUGAAAAAGGAGCAAGAUGUUGUUAAUACAUGUUCUCGCAUAUUUACAAACUAUCCCUGUUGGUUUCACAAGAAUUACAUCAGUUAUCUGUAGGGAGGGUGACAGGGUGGCUGGGGACAAGGAGGACUGGGAGGGCUUUUCUGAUACCUCUUUUAUAACUUGUUUGAAGUUUGAACUGUGUGAAUUGCCUCCCCAGAAAAUUAAUCAAUUCAACAGAGAGAAAGUGAUCUUUAUCUCUCGUAGUCAUUGUAAGGAUUAAAGGAUUAAAGUAGAAAAGGUCAGUAAGUCCCCUGGCACUGUUGACGCCUGUAGCCCAAGGCCACCAGAAACAAGACGAAGUUAAACAAGUUGGAUGUUUCACUCAAGAUGACCACACACCUUGGGGAGCCAGAGGGCACCUUGGGGUUCUAAGCAAGAGGGUGUUAGAACCUAUUCUAGGGCUUGAGCUCUGGUUGGGAGAGUUGGGGGGUUUAGGUUAAGGAAGCCAGGUUCUGCAACAGAGGUUGGUGUCAGAAAACGGGGCAAUUCCAUGCCUGGGCAUCUCAAUAAAUCUCUACAGAGAAGGCAGACUAGAAGGAAGAGAAAGGCGCAUUGAAGAAGCAGCUGUCACUCAUUUCAGCCAAAAGGCAGAAGGUGUUUGGUAAUUUGUGACAUGGUGACCUCAUUUUUUACUGUGUUCAGGCAAAAUUCUGACGUGGACUUGGCUUAUCUUAUUUUCUCAUGACCUCAGAGUAAGCCUCCAAGGUCGUGACUCUGUGCAGUUAUGUCCAGCCAGAGAAUGACACGCAUGGGUCUGGUCGGCUUUGGGAUAUUGGGGGUGGCCUUUCGUCUUCUCUUUCUCUGAACGCAUUGGGUACACUAAGUCUUCAGUUGAUAUUGGGGGUGGUGUUUCUUCAUCAUCAUUUACUGGAGGAGGGGGAGGAGGCAAAAUGCUGAAGUUUGGCCAGAGAUGCAUGUGAUAACAAUACAACAUUCAAGAAUAGAAGAUCUGUGAGGAUUUGGUCAUGUUCGGCCAUAUUCAUAGAUGAAAUGACAAAAGACCAUUUCUGGGAGCACCAGGGUCUGACAGAAAUAGCUUAUUGCCUGGAACCAGACAGAGCUGGAGAAUUUAUUGUCCGUGCACACCCCCUGCUUCCAGAAUUUGUGAACAGUACCUGCGUCUUUCCAUUUACAUAUGGUGACAUGAUCUACCACAACUGUAUCUCUGUCCACAGCAGUUAUGACUGGUGUUCUCUUGACAAAAAUUUCCAAGGCAGGUGGCGAUACUGCACUGGAAAGGAUCCUCCCGUGUGUAUCUUCCCUUUCGUCUUCAAGAAAAAAUACUUUCACAGAUGCACCAAGGAAAGCUAUAUCUUGAAUCGGAGUUGGUGUUCACUGACAAAAAAUUACAACGAAGACAGAAAAUGGAAGCAAUGCUCUCCUUACAAUUUUUAAAUAAGUCUUGGUGUUCUUAAAGGGACAGACGUUAUAGGAUUCAUCAGCUGCCUUUCAAAAUAUAUCCUUUCUCGAAUCAUUCUGACCAAU